AUGAUCGUAACGGUAUUUGUACUAACAAUAAUAUUGCCAGUAAUUUUCUGGAAAAAUGUUUAUCGUAAAAAGUGCCUUCCAGGACCCUGGAAUUUGCCAGUUAUAGGUUACUUACAUAAAUUAAAUCCGGCGGCGCCUUACUUGACUUUAACCGAACUUGCCAAAAAAUACGGUCCUGUGUAUAGCAUUAAACUCGGCUUCGUCAACGUUGUAGUCAUAGCUGAAGUGAAAAUAUUGAAAAAGGUGUUAGCAAAGAAUGAAGCACUCGAAAGACCGUCUCUGUAUAUGACAAACACGACAUUCGAAAACAAAGGACUCGCUUUCACACCUACCGAUCUAUGGAAAGAUCAACGCAAAUUUGUGGCAAAUUUUUUAAGAACAGUCGGAGCCGCUAGAGUUUCGCCAAAUAAAAAGAAAUGUGAAAGGUUAAUCAGCAUCCAGGCUGAAGAAUUUGUACAAGCUGUGAAAAGUCAAGGUUAUAGUGUACCAAUGAAUCCUUUAGAUUUGCUUAACAAUUACGUAUGUGGAAUUGCCAGCACGUUGUUUCUUGGCAGACAAUGUUCAAUGGGUAACACAAUGGUUGCCGAUUUAGCACACAAUCUCGACACCAUAAUUAAACUAAUAGCCUUUGGAGGCCCAAUGAAUUUCUUGCCUUUUUUACGUUUCUUACCAAAAUAUAAAAGAACAUUGACAGCACUAAAGGAAGCCGUUGGUAGAGUUCGUGAAAUUCAGAAGACACUGAUAAACGAAUGUAAAAAAUCUAUGUCUAACAAUGUCAACACGAAUUCUCCGAUGGGUCUUAUCGAGGCAUUUCUGCUAGAAGUGUCCAGAGGAGCUCCUAAACAUAUUUACAACCUUGACCAGCUCCAUUAUCUUCUCUUUGACACCUUCAUUGGUUUCACUGAAGCCACCAUAAGUACCUUACUUUGGAUUUUGCUAUAUUUGGCUCAGUACGACGAGGUGCAAACUAAAAUACGACAAGAACUUGUAGAAGUUUUGCAAGAUAAAAGAGUAGAAAUGGAGGACUUUGUAAAUUUGCAUUACACGAAGGCAGCAAUUUCUGAAGUAACAAGAAUCAGAACUGUAGCACCCCUAGGGUUACCACACUGGGCAUCCGAAAAUAUUCACGUUGAAAAUUUUACUAUUCCGAAAGGUUCCAUGAUAAUGCCAUUAUUGUGGGCAAUUCACAUGGAUCCGAAAAUCCAUAAAGACCCGGAGGAAUUUCGUCCUAAGAGAUUUUUGGACGAUGAUGGAUCUUUUGUCAAACCCGAAUCAUUUCUUCCGUUUCAAAUCGGUAAAAGAGUCUGUGUUGGAGAAGAAAUAGCACAAAUCAUGAUGUCGAUAUUAAUAGCUAAUGUGCUGAGGAAUUUCAAAAUCGAACGUCCUGACUCGUCUCCCUUAGAUUUCACUGGUGUGUGUGGUGCUUUGCUAACCCCUAAAGCACAAAAAAUUAUAUUUAAAAAGUUGUAACUUCCUGAAACAUUAUUGUCUGUUCUAUCACGUGUCGUUGUUUUUGUUAAUAAUAAAUGUAAUUUUCCAGUAA